CUUUUUGAAUCGGUGAAAAAGAUUCCUCCUCCAGAUUCUCCCCGCUCUCCUCGUACGGCUUGAAGACGAAACUGAUAAAACUUCCUUAGCCCCAAGAAUAACAGGUCUCGUGUCACCGGAGCGCCUCUCCACGGAGGAUCUGUCCGUGACGUGCAUCAUGCUAGACGGCAUUAAAAUUGAGGAUCAUCCGCUGCGAUCGGGGCAAGCCACACUUGGAGUCAUGCUCGCAGGUUCUGAAUGUCACCAUCCCUCCGUGUGUGAAGGAUGCCAGCGGCCCAUCUCUGACCGCUUCUUGAUGCGCGUCAACGAUUCGUCGUGGCACGAGGAGUGUUUGCAGUGCACCGUGUGUCAACAGCCCCUCACCACCAGCUGUUACUUCAGAGAAAGGAAACUUUACUGCAAACAUGACUACCAACAGUUGUUUGCGACCAAGUGCAGUGGGUGCAUGGAGAAGAUCGCUCCCACAGAGUUUGUGAUGCGUGCGCUGGAGUGUGUCUACCACCUGAACUGUUUCUGCUGCUGCGUGUGUGAUCGGCAGCUCAGGAAGGGUGAUGAGUUUGUGCUGAAGGAGGGCCAGCUGCUGUGUAAAGUGGACUAUGAGAGAGAGAAGGACCUUCUCAGCAGCGUCAGCCCCGAUGACUCAGACUCAGAGAAAAGUGACGAUGAGGAGCUGGACAUCAAACCAGAGAAGGGCAUUGGAGGUCAAGGCAAAGGGGAUGAUGGGAAAGAUCCACGGAGACCCAAGAGACCGCGCACCAUCCUGACCACUCAGCAGAGGCGUGCGUUCAAGGCUUCUUUUGAGGUGUCUUCCAAACCCUGCAGAAAGGUUCGAGAGACGCUGGCAGCAGAGACCGGUCUGAGUGUCCGUGUGGUUCAGGUCUGGUUCCAGAACCAAAGAGCUAAGAUGAAGAAGUUGGCGAGAAGACAGCAGCAACAGCAAGAACAGCAAAACUCGCAAAGACUUGGACAAGAGGUGAUGUCCAACCGCAUGGAGGGUAUGAUGAGCUCCUUCACGCCGCUGGCCCCCCCACAACAGCAGCUCGUGGCCAUGGACCAGAACAGUUACAGCACAGACCCCUUCCAGCAGGGACUCACCCCCCCUCAGAUGCCCGGGGACCACAUGAACCCAUAUGGUAACGACUCGGCCUUCCACGACAUAGACACGUCUUUAACCAGCCUCAGUGACUGCUUCAUGGCGUCAUCAGAUGUCAGCUCCCUGCAGGCCCGAGUGGGAAACCCCAUUGACCGCCUCUACUCCAUGCAGAACUCUUACUUUGCGUCAUGAAAAACUGAAACAAAAAAUGACACCAGCACCAGAAAAACUGCCUAACUCAACUAAAUGUGUGAUGGCCUGGAGGACUAGAAAGAAGACGGCUCCUGGUUAUGUGUGGAAGCUUACAAGACACAGAAACCACUGAUCCAUGACAACACCUGGGGAUGAAGGCUUCAAAAUUAUUGAAAAUAAUGACAUUAUUUGGUUGGAUAUCUGUCUCACUUUGUUCACUCAAGUAAGCAGAAGCCACUGACGACACACUCAAACCAAAUAACCAUCAUUUAUACAGUGCAUGAUCAAUUGUAUACUAAGUUUUUUGUAAGCCCCUGGUGAAGAUGUUGUGUCUUUAGGCCAUACUUGGAUGGCCAUGUUCACCGUUAGCAUUCAGAUCACUUCGAGUAGGUUUAGAUAUUGUGUGAAUAGUGAAUAGCUGCAGCAUGAUGUCUGCAAGAGUGACUGUACAUUUGUGUAAGUAAGUAUGAGAGGAAAAAACAGUGCAGAUUUGGUGGACACGUAGGAUCAGUGAAAAUGUAAAUAGUUUUCCCAGGCAAAUUGGAUGUGCAUGUUCAAAUGGAAAGCAUUCUAUUUAUUUAACUAUAACAGGCUCUUGAAGGUACAUAUUAAAACUGAAAGCUUUAUUUAAAAGGAGAGCAUUUUGUCUUUGUUGAACAGUUAGUGAACACAUGAGUAUCACCACUCAUUGGUAUGCAUUAAUAUGAAGAUUAACCCUUUGUUUGUUUUCUCUUCAGCCAAGCUGUAAAUGAGCAAUGUGCUAUUUAUUUCGUACAGACCAUAAACUGUUUUGUUGUCACUGUCAUGUGCAUUCUGACUAAUGUAAAAGUUGCUAAUUGACCAAAGUCGACUGGUUAGACAAAAGUAAACAACAUAUUUCUCCUGAUGACAUCAAAUAA